UAUGGGCAAAGCGCAGCCUGGCGGAGCGAGAGCCGCACUCGCUUCCGUGUUUGUGUGAUCAGGGAGUGCACGGCCGGGGGGGAGCUUCACUGUCUCAUUCAUUUGGAGCAAGAGUAACGCCAAACAAGCGACCAGCAGGGAAAAUGUCGUAUGCUUUGAAACAUGUAUUCGCCAGUCUCCCACAGAUGGAGAGGGGAGUUUCAAAAGUGAUUGGCGGCGAUCCCAAAGGCAACAACUUCCUAUACACCAAUGGGAAGUGUGUCAUCAUCAGGAACAUUGAUAACCCGGCUAUAGCAGACAUUUACACCGAACAUGCCCAUCAGGUGACCGUUGCCAAGUAUGCCCCAAGCGGAUUCUACAUUGCAUCAGGAGAUGCAUCAGGAAAGAUCCGUAUCUGGGACACCACCCAGAAGGAGCACCUGCUCAAGUACGAGUACACUCCGCUUUCAGGCAAGAUCAAGGACAUUGCAUGGACGGAGGAUAGCAAGAGGAUUGCUGUUGUUGGGGAAGGACGGGAGAAGUAUGGUGCAGUGUUCCUGUGGGAUUCUGGGUCCUCAGUGGGUGAAGUUUCUGGCCACGCCAAAUUAAUCAACAGUGUUGAUAUAAGGCAGAAACGCCCUUACCGCCUUAUUACUGGCAGUGAUGAUACCACUGGGUCCUUCUUCGAGGGGCCUCCCUUCAAGUUCAAGUUCACUUUGAGUGAGCACAGCCAGUUUGUCAAUUGCGUCCGUUUCUCUCCAGAUGGAAGUCGGUUUGUUACAGCUAGCGCUGAUGGCCAGAUUCUCGUCUAUGAUGGAGCGAAUGGUGAGCGUGUUUCCUCACUGGGUGGAGAGAAAGCCCACAAAGGAGGAAUCUAUGCUGUCAGCUGGAGCCCUGACAGCUCCCAACUGAUCUCUGCCUCAGGGGAUAAGACCGUGAAACUCUGGGAUGUUGGUGCAGGUACAGCCGUCACCACCUUCAACCUGGGCAGUGACGUGGCAGACCUGCAGCUGGGCUGCCUGUGGCAGAAAGACCACCUCCUCAGCAUCUCCUUGUCAGGAUACAUCAACUAUCUGGACAAGAACAACCCUGACCGGCCCAUACGCACCAUCAAGGGUCACACCAAAUCCAUUCAGUGUCUGACAUCUCACAAAAAAGAUGGGCGGUCAUACAUCUACUCGGGGAGUCAUGAUGGACACAUCAAUUACUGGGAUGCAGAAACUGGGGAGAAUGACUGCUUCUCAGGCAAGGGCCACAGCAACCAGGUGAGCAAGAUGGUGAUUGACGAAGCCAACGAUGAGCUCGUGACAUGCAGCAUGGAUGAUACAGUGCGUUACACCAACCUCAGCAAGAAGGAGUACAGUGCCUCUGACAUGUUGAAGAUGGAUUUCCAGCCUAAAAGUGUGUCACCAUUAGUGGGAGGGCUGGCACUGGCUGUGUGCAUUGGGCAGAUUGUCUUGCUGAAGGAUAAGAAAAAAGUGUUUACAUUGGACAAGCAUGGAUAUGAAGCAGAGGUUGGAACUAUCCAUCCCGGCGGCACCACUGCUGCGGUGGGGGGAACAGAUGGGAAAGUUUAUCUUUACUCCAUUCAGGGCAACACUCUGAAGGCCGAGGAUAAAACUGUCGAGGCUACAGGGCCGAUCACUGACAUGGCCUAUUCUAACGAUGGAGCCUAUCUGGCUGUCUUAGAUGAGAAGAAAGUUACCACGGUUUUUUCUGUGGCUGACAACUACUCGGUCAAAAAUGUGUUUUAUGGACACCAUGCCAAACCUGUGAGCUUGGCAUGGUCCCCUGACAAUGAGCACUUUGCGACUGGUGGGAUGGACAUGAUGGUGUAUGUUUGGACAGUUGGUGAUUCAGAUAAGAGGAUCAAGAUCCCAGACAGUCACCGGUUGCACCAUGUCAGCGGCCUGGCCUGGGUAGAUGAGCAUACUCUAGUCACUACCUCCCAUGAUGCCAGCGUCAAGCAGUGGACUAUUACAUACUGAGCUGCGAACAGUCAAACAUCCACAUCUCCAGGGACAAGGACUACUGUAGACUUCAAUCUUUCUUUUUUUUUUUAAAGUGUAUUUUCACUGUCUAAACGGUGUUCUAUGCUGUCUGCAAACAUCUGAAUUGUAAAUGGUUAUGGCUGGGAAAAGCUCCCAUUAAAAAUUAUUCAAGAUGUGCAUCUGAUGCGACUAUCCUCAACUUACAGAGGCAAAUUGUUGAAUUCUACAAUGUAACCAUGAGUGCUUUUACAUCCUUUUGAGCGUUAUGGACCCAGAAACACAUUUGUAAGCUCAACAUUCCAUAUGUAAUAGCUUUCACUCUGUUUAACUGAAAUCCUUGUCGGUGGUUGGGCUUAAUGCAACUUAUUGGAUGAACCGAAAGCAACUUAUUUUUUUUUUCUUUUUAUUAUCAUCAAUUGUGUUUGAAAGAAAUUAAACGUUUUGGUUACAUUCCUGAAAUGAGAAGUAACUUGUCCUAACUGAAGUUGCCUGUCACUUUUUUUUCCAACGUUUAAAGGGGGUGUUUUGUUUUCUUUCUUUCUUUUUCUUUUCCUCUUUGCUUUGUCCUAGGUUUCAUACUUUGUGUGCUUAACUUUUCCUGUUGGACUGGGGAGCAAUAAUAGGAACUAAAUGAGCAGAGUAUGUGUAGAACGAAGAUGCUGUCUGUUCAGUCACAGGUCGUGAGUUGUUGCUGUCGGUUGUUGAGGGGGUGCACUAUGCUUGUCUCACUUACCUUUUUUUUCCCCAUGUCUUUAUGCAUUUGCUUCCAAUGUGGAAGUGAUUAAUCAAUAAUAUUAAUAAUAAUAAAACAGUUUUUAUGCA